AUGUCAGGAAUACAUGGUCUACGAGAGCAGAUCUUAGCCAAUCUCGACCACGUUGAGCUCAUGACACCGACUUCGGAACUCAACAUUGUUGUCGAGAAUGUUCGCGGUACCGAACAAGGCUACAAUGCGUUCAUCAGCGACAGGGUCUCACGCAAGAGACUUUUCGACUGGUCCGAAUGCCAUGAAUCCGUGGCCGCGUCACUAGAAGUACUGUUGGAGUACACCUGUCUCAUGGUAGAAACUCACCGUGAAAAUCCUGAAGAUUGGCGAAAACAAUCCACGCAUAUGAUCAGACGUCGCCUAGAGCAAUCCUCACCCCGGACCGAAAUUCCUAGCGAAGGGGAGGACGAUCGAGCGUCGUCUGUUCUGACACACGGCCAGAAACGAGACGCUUCUGCUAUGGAGUUCGUUGAAGACGAUGAACAUUUUGCUGGUUUCACACGUAUCCCACCAAGACUCCGUCUUCCUCCGGACGUCAUCGAUAUCUACAGAGAGGAGUCCGCCGGUCGUGGCCCUCUACUGCCGCCUGUGGGCGGUUCAUUGGUUGCGGCCAGAGUCUGCGACUUGCUCCCUUCCACCGCCUCUGACGGAGCUAAGAAGAUGCUGUUCGAGAUUGUCACGAGUCCUCUAUAUUCAUCUCCAGAAGGGGCGGUUGCUAUAACCCAUCUGACCUACAAAACCGGUCUGGAAUACUCAGAGCUCAGAGGUUAUGCCGAAGAACUCGAGCGAUCGGGUCACGCUGAACAUACUAGCCUGUACUCAUGGAGAGCGGUUCAUUUCUAUUGCAGGUCCAUUAUGACAGUUGUUGGAGCUCCCGGUCGCAUGACUCUCACUAGAACGGGACCAUCGGGUAUACAAACAUUUGCUGGCUUUGCAACUGUCCCCUCACCUUCGAGGUUACAGUGUGGAGAAGUCAGUAUUCCAGAAAGAGGACCUGCUCGCAACGCGGAUCUCGCACAUGUUGUUUGCGAAACACUACCGGCAGACAUUUCCGUUGGGGCGCAAAAACUGCUUUACGAACUCAUCACGAGGCCUCAACUUGCUGCUAGCGGAGGAAUCCGAUUGUCCUCUAUUGCUUCUGAUCAUGAUCUGGACAUGCGCCUAAUGCUAAAGUAUGCUGAAGAGCUUCGUGCGGCAGGCCAUGCUGAGGCUAUUGAUCCGGAUGAGGCCGUAUGGCGCCCAACAAAUCUUUCCACUGCACUUUGA